GUAAACCAAGAAGGGAGAAGAAAAACCCUCAAGCCGGCGUUCUCUUCUCUCUUUCUUUUGUUUGGUCAUUUGAGAUUAGAGAGAAAUGCAGAGAUUGAGAUCUCAGCAGUUACUAAGAAGGCCUCUCUGGGAGAGCAGGAGGCUUGGAGGAGGGUAUUGCACGAGCUCCUCCUCCGAAAAGAUCGUAGCUUCGGUGCUUUUCGAGAGAUUACGCGUUGUGAUUCCCAAACCAGAUCCUGCUGUCUACGCCUUUCAGGAGUUCAAAUUCAAUUGGCAACAGCAGUUUCGCCGUAGAUACCCAGAUGAGUUCUUGGACAUUGCUAAGAACAGAGCCAAGGGUGAAUAUCAAAUGGACUAUGUACCUGCUCCCAGAAUCACUGAGGCUGACAAGAAUAACGAUAGGAAGUCAUUAUACAGAGCUCUUGACAAAAAGUUGUAUCUUCUCAUCUUCGGCAAGCCUUUUGGAGCUACUAGUGACGAACCUGUCUGGCAUUUCCCUGAGAAAGUGUAUGAUUCUGAGCCAACUCUUCGCAAGUGUGCUGAAUCUGCUUUGAAGUCAGUGUUAGGAGACCUGACUCACACAUACUUUGUUGGAAAUGCUCCAAUGGCUCACAUGGCUAUUCAACCUACUGAAGAAACACCUGAUUUGCCAUCUUACAAGAGGUUCUUCUUCAAAUGCAGUGUAGUAGCAGCGUCCAAGUACAACAUAAGUAACUGCGAGGAUUUUGUGUGGGUUACCAAAGAUGAGCUUUUGGAGUUCCUCCCUGAGCAAGCUGAGUUCUUCAACAAGAUGAUAAUUAGCUGAGAAGAGUCACUGAGUCACAGCACAAAAUAAAACUCCUUUUUUCUUUUCUCUUUUCCUUCUAGUUCUCCUGAGGAAGAUAGAAAAACUUUUUAAGACAUUAUAUAUCGUGUGUGAAGGUCUUUGUUAUAACUAAGACCAAACGAUGUUUCUUGUUUUGUAGUCACGCACAUGUGGUGUGUGAGGUCACAUUAGGUUUUUUUUUUAUGUUGACUUAGGGCUGGGCAAAAAACCCGGAUCCGAAGAA